AUGUCGGCAGCACCAAUCAGCGAGUCCAACUCGCCCGCCUCGACCUCGGCGUCCCCCAUCGCCUCGUCGUCAAAACUGGUGCCUCAGCCGACGCCCAAGGCCAAAAAGCAGCUCAUCGGAUGGCAGCACUCGUUUGCGGGAAGCCUGGGAGGCAUGGCCGGUGCCAUUGUGACUUCGCCCUUUGAUGUGGUCAAGACGCGUUUGCAGUCUGACCUCUUCAAGACACCUGCACCCAGCCCCGCUGCCGAGAUCAUGCGCCACGAGGCCGAGAUGGUGGCCAAGAAGGUGCCGCAUCCUAAAGGCGUCAGCGGUGGCCUGUACCAGUUUGUCGACACCAUGUUCCUCAUCCGCAGGAUAGGUAUCGAAGAGGGCUGGCGUGCGCUGUACAAGGGUCUUGGCCCCAGCUUGACCGGUAUUAUCCCCGCACGAGCCACCAACUUCUACUUCUACCCCACGUCCAAAGCCUUCCUUGCCCAAACGUUCCCCGACGCUCCCACCACCAAGGUGGGCCAGACUGCCGAGGACAGCCCGCUUGUCCACCUCGGUGCUGCAGUCGUGGCCGGCGUCAUGACCUCCACCCUCACCAACCCCAUUUGGGUCGUCAAGACCCGUCUGCAGCUGUCGGCGCGCAAGCGCUCGGCCGGCAUCCCUCGCCACUCUGCCGUCGCCAUGACGAUGGACAUUAUCCGCAACGAGGGUGUUCGCGGCAUGUACCGCGGUCUGUCCGCGUCGUACCUCGGUGUCUCGGAGGGUGUCAUCCAGUGGGUGCUCUACGAGCGGUUGAAGCGUGUCGGACGUACCGACGCCAUUCACUACGAUGACGAGCGGACCUCGCUGCUCUCCUGGGUGGGCGGCAUUGUCGGUGCCUCUGGCGGUGCAAAGGCUGUGGCCUCGCUCAUCACCUACCCUCACGAAGUGAUCCGUACGCGUCUCCGCCAGCCUGCCGUCAACGGCGUCAUCAAGUACACCGGCCUCGUCCAGACGCUCAAGCUCGUGGUCAAGGAGGAAGGUGUCGCGAGCCUGUACGGCGGCCUUACCGCCCACAUGUUCCGCGUCGUCCCCAACGCGGCCUGCAUGUUUCUCAUCUACGAGCUCGUCGCCGCCCGCCUGGGCUCGUAG